GGGCGACGGCGGAGGCAGCCCGGGGAAGGCGGCGAGGGCUGCCCCGCCGCUCGGGCUGGAAGUUUGCUGCUGGAAGGGGAGGGAAAAAAAAGGGAAAAAAGGAAAAAAAAUAUUAAUAACAAUCACGGGAAUAGGAAAAGAGUAAUAAUAAUAAAAAAUAAUAAUACCGUAAAAAUAUAUGAUCGUUAUAAUAAUAUAGGAGGGAGAAGAAGAAGAAGAAGAGGAAUAGCUCGAGGCUGCUGCCCCGGAGGGAUGCGGGGGAGCGCGGCCGCCGGGAGCCCCCCGGCUGCGGGCAGGACCCGGGGCCGGCCGUGAGCGCUCGCCCCGGGAGGGCCGGGCCGGGGCCGCCUCCCGCCCUGCCCAGCCUCCGCGCAUCCUCCGGCACCGCCUGCACGGGCCGAGGUGUGCCGUGCCGAGCCGUGCCGAGCCGUGCCGAGCCGUGCCGAGCCGUGCCGAGCCGUGCCGAGCCGUGCCGUGCCGUGUCGGUGUGAUCCGAGCCGUGCCGAGCGGUAGGAUGAGGGGCAUCCUCUACUUCUGCACGCUGAUCCUCCUGGAAGGUAUGGCGGAAGCUGUCAGCUCGAGCAGGGACUGCCUCCAAGCAGGCGAGUCCUGCACCAACGACCCCAUCUGCAGCUCCAAAUUCAGGACCCUCCGGCAAUGCAUCGCAGGCAACGGAGCCAACAAGCUGGGCCCCGACGCCAAGAACCAGUGCCGGAGCACGGUGACGGCCCUGCUCUCCAGCCAGCUCUACGGCUGCAAGUGCAAGCGGGGCAUGAAGAAGGAGAAGCACUGCUUGAGCGUCUACUGGAGCAUCCACCACACGCUGAUGGAAGGUCAGUUGGGCAUGAACGUACUGGAGAGUUCUCCUUACGAGCCAUUCAUCAGGGGCUUUGAUUACGUCCGGCUGGCCUCCAUCACAGCAGGCUCUGAGAACGAGGUGACCCAGGUGAACCGCUGCCUGGACGCCGCCAAAGCCUGCAACGUGGACGAGAUGUGCCAGCGGCUGCGCACCGAGUACGUCUCCUUCUGCAUCCGCCGCCUGGCCCGGGCCGACACCUGCAACCGCUCCAAGUGCCACAAGGCCCUGCGCAAGUUUUUUGACCGCGUGCCACCCGAAUACACCCACGAGCUUCUCUUCUGCCCCUGCGACGACACGGCUUGCGCCGAGCGCCGGCGGCAGACCAUCGUUCCUGCCUGCUCCUACGAGUCCAAGGAGAAACCCAACUGCCUGGCGCCCCUGGACUCCUGCCGGGAGAACUACGUCUGCAGGUCACGCUAUGCAGAGUUCCAGUUCAAUUGCCAGCCGUCCCUGCAGGCUGCGAGCGGCUGCCGGCGGGACAGUUAUGCUGCCUGCCUGCUGGCAUACACCGGCAUCAUAGGCAGCCCCAUCACUCCCAACUACAUCGACAACUCGACCUCCAGCAUAGCCCCCUGGUGCACGUGCAACGCUAGUGGCAACCGGCAGGAAGAGUGCGAGAGCUUUCUGCGCCUCUUCACCGACAACAUCUGUCUCCAAAACGCCAUCCUGGCCUUUGGAAAUGGGACCUACCUGAACUCAGCCGUGGCCCCGUCCAUCCCCCCCACCACACAGAUGUACAAGCAGGAGCGAAACGCCAACAGAGCCGUGGCAACCCUCAGAGAGAACAUCUUCGAGCACCUCCAGCCGACCAAGGUGGCCGGGGAGGAGCGGCUCCUGCGGGGCUCCACUCGCCUGUCCUCAGAGGCCUCCAGCCCAGCAGCUCCAUCCCUCCGGGCAGAAUCCCCGCUGCACUCAUGGCUUCUCCCCUCUCUGGCCGUGCUGAGCCUCCUGGUGAUGUGAGGCAGGGCGGGCACACGCCAGGCAGUGACUCUCUUUGUGUCGGUUUCUCUAAAAAAAAAAAACAACCAGACAAGUAACUUUUUUUGGGACCGGGGGGGGGGUGGGCUGGGGAGGAGGGAGGGGAUGGGAAGGAGAGGUGAGCGUGUAGGCCCUUCCUCCUCCUCGCCCGUCUGCCAAUUUCUUUGGUUUUAUACAAUCAGCAUUGUCGACAACCAGCUCAUUCUUGGUCCUGGCCACCUUUCACCCCCACAGCUCGGUUGUUGUCUCUCCAGCUCCCUGCGGAUUGGGGUCGGAGCCACAGACAAUUCCCUUGGAAAAGCUGAAGGAGAGAGUUGAGUCAAGAAAUGAGAGCUGCAGAGGAAAAGCUUUUACCUGCCCCAGCCAAGAGGGGAAAGACUUUUUCUGGCUGAGCUGCCAGGAGGUUUCCUGGAGCCCUGCCUCACGGCGCGGGGCCCUGGGCAGGACAAGUCAACGAUGUGUGGUUCAGACCAUCUCCAGGGUUGGGUCUGGGACCCAAAGGGCAGCCCACCUGGUUCGGAGUGAAGAAACCAGAGCUGCUGGUGAGAAGAAGGUGGUUGGGUUUGUUCACCUGAAGCACCUCGGGGUGGUGCAUGUGGCCACAAACCGAACGGGCUCACAGGGACCUGCAUGCAGCAGGCACGUCCCGAUGGUGUUCAGGAAGAGACACGCCUGGUGUUUUGUUUAUGGCUGCCUUUCUUCAUGUCCCAACCCUAACAUCUCUAUUUACUGGUCCCGUGAAGCGUUUCGGGUAGGUAUUUUUUCGUUAUGGAAGUCAGGGGGCAAUGUCAGCCCACUCUGAGCCUUCUCUGUGUGGGGUAAAUUUGAUCCCAUGGGUAGGGCUCUAUGGGGGUGUUUCACAACUUGUUCUCAUGAGCUACCUGAGCAUCACUUGGUCUGGCAGAGAGACAGAGGGACUUCACUUGGGGACAUCAUUAAUAUUUCAAGGAAAAGAGAGGAUACAAGAGGUUUGCUAGCUACCACCAUGGGGACAGAAAUCCAGCCAGUUUCCAGAAAGCUCAAGGCAUAAAUCACAUCACCAGUAGGAUUGCUGCAGUUCCCAUCCUUGAAGAGCUGGUGGAGGAACUCGUUUGUGUCCAGGUUGGCUCGUGAAGGACAGUGGCCCCAUCAAGUGCCAGCUGCUCAGCCACAAGGUGGUUGAAGCCAAGGCUGGUGCUGGACCCACGCAGAAGGAGGGAUGGUGAGGACAAACCUCGCCCUGGUUGCUCAGGGCACAAGAAGGCAAAUGUGUGGCUUUGGGAUAUGUGAGAACUCGGGGGUCUUCCCCUGAGGAGGAGAGCUGAGGUCUCCCCGUGCCCUUUGGGGAGCUGAACCCCUUGCUAGAUCCAGCCGAUGAAGAAGAUGGGAAGGAAGGGUGAGAAGGUUUCCCAGGACAAAUGCUCACCCGGGUUGGUGGCCACAGGGAGGCACAGGAAUAGCUCCAGGUUUUCCCCCUGAGCUUUGCAGCAGCCCAUUCACUCCUUGGUUUAUGCUUCCCCAAGGAAGAACAUUAUUUUUUUAUCAUACAGAUGCAUGGAAAAGCUUAGCAGCAGCUGGCGUGGCAAAGCCCAGUGUUUUUUAUUCCCAUUCCCUGCAGGACACCUUCCAUUGCUUUGAUACUGAGACUUUGCUGAGAAACUGCAAAGGUGAGAAACCUUUGGGUUUGGGUCCAAUAUGAGCCCAUUGUUGUUUCCAAACAGACAUCUGUGGAUGCACAGAAACCCUCCUGGCUUCAUCCUAUCUGCAGGGCUGCACCUGGGAGGUCCUUGGGGCUGUAGCACCUGGGUGUCCUAGCCCAGGACCAUGAAAAGGGUCCUGAAACAUGCCAAAAUCCAAGCUGUGCAUGCCAGGCCACCGGGCUGAGCCGAAAUGUGCAAAACCUCCCCUGCCAGGAGGCUCACCCAGUGCCAGGAAUGCAGCCAGGGAGGUUGAGGCACAGACCCCAAAUCCCUGACCUCCCUUCGGACCACCAUAGCCAGGCUCUGAGCUGCUGCAGUCAUUUUCCCCUUACCCAGGGCAUCGGUGUCCCCUGCCAAUGUGUCUCCCCAAGGAGAGCAGCCUUUUGCUGCUCUCCUUGCCUCCCGCUCUGCUCUAUGCUCAAGGUGGGUCUCCACCAGCCUUCAGUCUCCUUGCAGGGGCUGAAUUUUGGGGUGGCCUUUGUCUCGUGGACGCUGGCGGUGGUGUCGAAAUGCCACUUUGCCCUUUCCUUCUCUGAUAACCAACCAGCAGAAGCAGGCUUUUCCUAGGUGGCCAGGAGAGCUGGUAAGCCAGUUUCAGCUCUCCUUUAAGGCUAGCAAGCUGUGAGAAGCAGAUGUGGAGAACCCUAAUACAGGCUGCUAGGGAUGGAGGAGACCUCCAGGGGUCACCUGCUCCAUGACCACGUCCCACGGCAGGGAUCCUCUCUGUUUACACUUUUUGGCAGAUUUAUCUUAACCUGUUUCUAACCAUUCCACUCUCAGAGGCGCUGGCAUCUCCUCUGGAUUUCUAUCACUCUUUAAAGGCGUUUUAGGAUGUGAGCUGUCCCCGAGCACUGCAGGCCAAAGAGACUCUCGGUUCCCAUUUCAGGUUCUUCUCAGGUCCUCAGUUUUGGGAGGAUGGCAGAAGUGCCCUCGGGCUGCAGAAGGUGACAGCCAACCCCCGUGGAUCGGAUCACGGAGGCUGAAAAAAAAAUGGUAAAGGUCUGUAGGGAUCCCUGCCAAAUCCAGAGGGCGAGUUGGGUCUUCGUUACGGUCUUGGUGGAGGGGUCUGAAAAGCAGAGCUGGUGUUGCAGGUCUGAAAUGGCCUCGCUGUCCUCAUCCUUUGUCCUGUGCUGGGGAUUUGGAAGCUGAAUCCCCAAAACCAUGGCUCAGGCCAGCUUCUGCCUCCUCCUGGGCUCUGGGGAUGCUCCAAGACGAAGCGAGGCAGGAGCAGUGAGCCUCUGCACAGCAGGGAAAGGCCAGCGGAUGGGGGGUGGUAAUGCCGUGUAGAGAUCAAAAAAAUAAAUAAAUCCAAAAACCUGCAUGAAUUUUCCUGACCAUUUCACCCUUUUUGCCAAUGUUUAACGUCCGCUCUCCCUCCCAGUGCAUUCACAAAUGAAACUUCGCAAAAAAAAGAUGUUUUUUUGAGGAGCCCUUUGGGAGGUAGGAGACCUGAUUACAUCCCCCCAACAGGAGGGCACAGACCGUUUGUUUUCCCUUGUGAAAAGGGAUUUUUUUGGGAGAACUUUCAGCUCCGCUGAGCACCACGAAGCGAACCCCGGAUCUUCAUUUUUAAGCUUCUCGAUGGACCACCGAAGCCACAGCAGCUGCCUGUAAAGGGAAAGGACUGAGUGAGCCCAGAAAGACGACUUGCUGGGAAUCACUCCCUACCUGGGGACUUCCAUAAGCACAAAGAAGAAAAAUGGAGGGGAAAAACAAAAAAUUGACCAGCCCAACCCUCUGUAGCCACGUUAUGGCCAAAACAAGAGGGUGAGCAGGGAGGGAAAACGGUGCUGGAGCAAUAACCCCGCGGGUGGCAGGGUGAGGAGUGUGCGCACCGAGGGGAGGAUGGGUGGUGUCUGCCUGUACUUAUCUCUUCUGUACGAGUCAAUAUUCAAACAUAUCCAUGAAUAAAGCACACAUGCAUUUUCCUGA